CACAACUGAAAUCAUGAAUACGCUGGUUUUUGCUUUGUUGGGGUCGUUGACAGUGGGUAGCUUAGCCGCCCCUGGAGGAACUUAUCUUUCAGGACCAGCAGGAGUUGUCACUGAUCACGGCGCCUUUGGUCCAGGUGGUCAUGGAGGUGGAGUGGGAUUUGGAUUAGGAGGUGGUUAUGGGGGUGGUGGUUUCGGCGGCGGCGGCGGCGGACAUGGUUCCGUAAUCGCUGGACCUGUGAAUCCUGGUGCCGCUCUAGUAGGCCCACAAGCCGGACCUUCCGCAUUAGUUGGACCUCAAAUGGGACACGCUUCAGUUGUCGGACCAGUUAAUGGAGGAGCCACCUUAGUGGCGCCAGUGCAUCAUGGAGUUUCAUUUGUUGGAGGACAUGGAGGCGGUUUCGGAGGGUUAGGCGGUCUAGGAUUGGGACUGGGACUUGGUGGUGGUGGUGGUUAUGGAGGUUUUGGUGGGCACGGAGGUUUUGGAGGAGGAGUCGGUAUUGGACACGGGGGAGUAACAGUGAAAGGACCGGCUACAGUUCCCGCCACCAUUGCUGGACCUGCCGGAAAAAUUGUCGCUGAUGGGUUGUACGGCGUUCCAUCUCAUGGACAUUGGUGAUUGUGUAAAUUUUGCAGCCAGUUUAAAAAGCAAAUCUUCGAAUUAAUUUGAGAUUUGUCUGUGAUUCAUUGAGUAUUACGACGUUUAUUCUUACGACUUAUGUAUAUGUAUAUUCUUGUAUAUGAUGUGUUUAUGUUAAUGAUAAUUAAAAGAACUAUCAAGUUUUA